AUGGUAUCUGUUAGAAGGAGAAAAAUGAAUAGAUCAUCCGUGGGGAAAGCCACGAGAAGAACUAAGGAUAAACAGAGAAAGAUUAACGUUAAGGCAAAUCCUGUCAUUGCUGCCAACUGGGACCAUUCUUUGACCUUAGCUCAGAACUAUAAGAAAUUGGGACUGAGGGCGAAAUUACAAUCACCAGCAGGUGGUCAAGAAGCAGAUUUGUCCAAAGUUAUAAAGAAGAAACCUUUAGUUCCAAAUAAUGAUGAAGAUGAAGACAGCAGCGAUGAUGAUGAGAAUGGGGAAGUAGAUAUCAGUGGUGAAAACACAGAAUUUGACGAAAAUAAGAUUCCUGAAGGUGAAGCUAGAAUACAGCGUGAUCAAGAUGGUAAUGUUAUUAAAAUUGUCUAUGGUAAGAUGAAAUUUGACAUUGAUCAGGAUAUCAAUGAAAUUAAAGCUCAAAAUGAGGAGAAGGGUGAAGUGCAGACCGAAUUCAUUAAAAAAUUAGAGGAAUACGCUAAUAUACCAGUCGAAAAGAAGGAAAGGAUACAAAGUAAAAGAGAAGAAGAAUGGUUGGAAAGAUUAUACAAUAAGCAUGGUGAUGAUUAUAGAAAAAUGUUCUUCGAUGCUAAGUUGAAUAUUUAUCAACAAUCUCAAGGUGAUUUAAAGAAGAGAAUUACCAAAUGGAAGAAGAACAAUAACAUAGAGUAA